UAACUAGCUUAUGCAGCUUCUUCGAUCGCAGCAAUGUAUUGUUCAAUGACUCGAAUUGUUCAUUCUACGUAUAAAACAUAUAUAUUUAUGUGAAGAUAUUAAGAUAAAUUGUAUACCUAGCUAAUCUUCCCAAUUCCUAUUUAUUUACACUACUAUUUAUGACUCAAAAAUGCUUUAGAUGUCAUGUGCCUGCCAUGUCAGGCUCAGGCGGGUGUCAAUGGCUACUGGUAACCUCCUUCGCUUGUCAUACCUUUGUGGAGAUGAAAGUUCUCAACUUUGGGUGCAUCAUGUUGAGGCCCUGGAGAUUCUUCUUCAAGGACUUUGUGGUGUUCACAGGGAGCGCCUAAGGAUCCACGAGUUGUGCCUAAAAAGUUGUCCAAAUCUAGGUUUAGUUUCUUCAGAGGUUCGACUUUUGUGUGAUCUGGAGCAGUCUGAACCAACUUGGACGGUUCGGCAAGUUGGUGGUGCAAUGAGAGGUGCUGGUGCUGAGCAAAUUUCGGUGCUGGUCAGGAACACCGUAGAAAGCAAAAUAAGCAAGGAUGCACUACGCUUAUUUUAUGCACUUGGCUACAGGUUGGACCAUGAACUGCUGAGAGUAGGAUUUGCCUUCCAUUUCCAGAGAGGAGCUCAGAUAACUGUAACUGUGUCUUCAAUCAAUAAAAUGCUGAAACUGCAUUCAACUGAUGAGGCUGUUCCUGUAACUCCAGGGAUACAACUGGUUGAAGUGACAGGCCCUGCUUCAUCUGAAAAUUAUUCUGAAGUUGUUGCUGCCGUAUCAUCUUUUUGCGAGUAUCUUGCACCGCUAUUGCAUUUGUCAAAACCGGGCAUCUCGACUGGGGUUGUUCCAACUGCUGCUGCAGCUGCUGCAUCGCUGAUGUCAGAUGGUGGUGGCGCAACAUUGUAGCCCAUGGGUGAGGGGUCCGUACGCUUGCACCCUGUGUUACUUGGACUCGAGUCGAGCCCCAUGGAUGGGGUACUCUAGUCCAAAACAUAUGGGUAUGGAAGGGCAAACUGAAAAGUUCAAGUAACAUUAAAUGGAUCAAUCAUUAAUGCUGUAGACUGAUUUUUGUUCGGAUUCAGUGGUUUGGGAUUGAACUUCGAAUCUUGGUUCUAGCUAAAAUUGGGAUUCAGAAAAAAAAAAAAAGGUAAAAAAUGGGAAUUUAUGGAUUUUUGGGCAGUAUUAGAAUGGGUAUGACCCACUCGUAUUGGUUCCACGAUCAAUUUGGGAUUGCUUGGGCCUAGCCCCUGUGUUCCAGUCCCCCCUACUGGCCAUUGCUAGGCUAGGAUGAGCGGUGGAAUUCUGUUCAUCGAAGCCCAUCUUCAUGCUAUGGCUGGACCAACAUAUUUUAAGGGUCAGAUGGACGGAGCUUGGCGAGCCAGGUCCAGUAGAUAGCCCUAUUAUUAUGUUAUAUGGACCUGCGCUUGCGCUGUUCAUAGCAAGUUACAUAGUGUAGAAGAGUUGUGUGUCCAACUGAAGCCCAUGCAGUGUAGUUAAAUGUAGCCAACUUUUUCUGGAUCACAAGGGAAAAGAAUGAAUCCUUUUUUUUUUUU